UCGUCCACAUAUGAAAUGUCAAAAUACGUGUCGUUCACUUCUCGCAAAGUCAAAUCCAAUUUUCUUCCGUCUCCGUCCUCUCCAUCUGAAAGUAACAAAAGAAUUCAAUUCCUAAGCCAAAUUUCCGUUACUUUGCGUGUAAAUCUGUAUUAUAGAAAUCCAAAAUGAUGGCGGAGGAUCUGGGCAUCGAAGCGAAAGAAACCGCCGUGCGUGAGGUGGCGAAGCUGUUACCGCUUCCAGAACUCUUGCAAUCCAUUGUUUCUAUCAAAACCGAUUACAUUACCCGCCAACAAGCUAAUGACGCGCAACUUAGUACAAUGGUAGCAGAGCAGGUGGAACAAGCACAAUCUGGAUUGGAAUCGCUGUCCUUGUCGCAUAAGACGAUAAAUCAGCUACGAGAGAACUUCAUUUCUAUUGAAAAGUUAUGUCAAGAAUGUCAAACUUUGAUUGAGAAUCAUGAUCAGAUAAAGCUACUUAGCAAUGCAAGGAAUAAUCUAAAUACUACCUUGAAGGAUGUUGAGGGUAUGAUGUCAAUAUCUGUUGAAGCAGCAGAGGCACAGGAUUCGUUGAGUGAUGAUAGAGAAAUUGUUAAUACGUACGAGAGAUUAACUGCACUUGAUGGGAAGCGAAGGUUUGCAUUAGCAGCUGCUGCAUCUCACAAAGAGGAGGUUGGAAGAUUAAGAGAAUAUUUCGAAGACGUAGAUCGGACAUGGGAAACCUUUGAGAAGACUUUAUGGGGACACGUUUCCAACUUCUUUAAACUUUCUAAAGAGAGCCCACAAACACUGGUUCGUGCUUUAAGGGUUGUCGAAAUGCAAGAAAUUCUUGAUGAACAAGUUGCUGAGGAGGCAGCUGAGGCUGAGGGAGGUGGUGCAAUGGCAACUGUUGCAAAUCCUCGCAGAUCUUCCAAAAAAUCCACCACCACAGCAGUUUCUUCCGAAAACCUCACGCAACAGAAGUUGAAGAUUCAGGGGAAAGGGUUUAAGGAUAAAUGCUAUGAGCAUAUAAGAAAGUCAGUUGAAAGACGGUUCAACAAGCUACUAACAGAGCUUGUACUUGAAGACCUCAAAGCUGCCUUAGAAGAAGCUCGAACAAUUGGUGAAGAGCUUGGUGAUAUUUAUGACUAUGUAGCCCCAUGUUUUCCCCCAAGAUAUGAAAUAUUCCAACUCAUGGUAAACCUCUAUACCGAGAGGUUUAUUCAGAUGCUCAGAUUGUUGAGUGACAGGGCAAAUGAGUUAUCAAAUAUAGAGAUUUUAAAGGUAACCGGUUGGGUGGUUGAAUAUCAAGAUAAUCUGGUUGGACUUGGCGUUGAUGAGUCUCUUGCUCAAGUCUGUUCUGAGAGUGGUGCCAUGGAUCCCCUCAUGAAUUCAUAUGUGGAGAGAAUGCAAGCUACAACAAGGAAAUGGUACUUAAAUAUCCUAGAAGCUGAUAAGGUACAGCCACCAAAGAAAACAGAUGAUGGAAAGCUAUAUACACCAGCUGCUGUUGAUCUGUUUAGGAUCCUUGGGGAGCAAGUUCAGAUUGUUAGGGAUAAUAGCACAGAUGUCAUGCUAUACAGGAUUUCUUUGGCUAUAAUUCAGGUGAUGAUAGAUUUUCAAGCUUCUGAAAGGAAGAGGUUUCAGGAACCUGCUUCAGAAAUUGGUUUGGAACCUUUUUGUGCAAUGAUAAAUAACAAUCUGCGAUGCUAUGACCUUGCAAUGGAGUUGAGUAGCAGCACCAUAGAAGCACUACCACAAAACUAUGCUGAACAGGUUAAUUUUGAAGAUACUUGCAAAGGCUUCCUAGAGGUUGCGAAGGAAGCUGUGCAUCUAACCGUUAGGGUUAUCUUUGAAGAUCCUGGAGUGCAGGAGUUAAUUGUCAAGCUUUAUCAUAAAGAGUGGUCUGAAGGACAGGUCACCGAGUACCUAGUUGCAACAUUUGGUGAUUAUUUUGCAGAUGUGAAGAUGUAUAUUGAAGAAAGAUCAUUUAGGAGAUUUGUUGAAGCUUGUCUUGAGGAGACAGUGGUGGUUUACGUGGAUCACCUUCUGACUCAGAAAAACUACAUCAAGGAAGAGACGAUAGAACGGAUGAGGCUAGAUGAAGAGGUUAUUAUGGACUUCUUCAGGGAGUAUAUUAGCGUGUCUAAAGUAGAAAGUAGAGUCAGGAUACUGAGUGAUUUGAAAGAACUUGCUUCAGGAGAGAGUUUGGAUACCUUCACGCUUAUCUAUAUGAAUAUUCUUGAACAUCAACCUGACUGCCCGCCCGAAGUAGUUGAAAAGCUUGUUGGACUGCGAGAAGGCAUACCACGAAAGGAUGCGAAAGAGGUUGUACAAGAGUGCAAAGAGAUUUAUGAGAAUUCACUUGUUGAUGGAAACCCCGCGAAGGCUGGUUUUCUCUUUCCAAAGUUGAAGUGCUUUGCAGCUUCCAAAGGAUCUCUCUGGCGAAAGCUCACUUAAUUUCGGUGCCGAUGUGGGGGCAAAAAAAAACUGCUGUGAAGUUAAUCGUCCAUUGCAAUGACCUGAUGUAUUCAUUUUAUUGAUGGUAAAUUUUGAGCUUCUAUUUUCUUCUCUUAUAUUUAUAUAUAUAAAGCCAACCUAUUCUUUUCUUUGUAAUUAUGUGCUUAUAGAUAGCACUGACUCUAAAGUGUUGGUGAUCUCAAGUCACUGUUUUUGACGAAAAGAAAGAGUAAAAAGUUCUACAA